AUGUCUCUCGCAGACUACCUCGCAAAGAACUACCUGACCGCCGAUCCCCCCGCGGACAAGAAACUCAAGAAACGCAAGAGAAAGGGCGCCGCUGCACAGGCCACCGACGGAUUAAUUAUCGCCGACGACGAUGCCAUGGGAUGGGAGAACAACAGGAUGCAAAACGACGACGACGACGAUCCACUUACAGUCAACGCAUCCAGCGCCGAAUUUCGCAAAUCCAAAAAGAACAACUGGACGACCGUCGGGACCAGUGCUCCAACCAACAGCGAGCAAGCCGCCGCCGACGCGAUUCUCGCAUCUGCCGCUGCUGAGCGCAAAGCGCAACAAACUUCUGUAGACGACGAGGACGGACCUACCAUUGCCACCACCGGCGCCUCCGACGCCAACAACUAUGUCAACGAAGAAGAUGAUGCAAACAUCACGAAGAUGGAAUCCGGCGCACACGCAGGUCUGCAAUCCGCGGAACAAGUCACCGCCGCGCUCCGCAAGCGACAAGCCGAAGAACUGCGCCGUUUCCGCGAAGAGCAAGGCGGGGAUCCAACCAGCGGCAUGGGUCAAGAGACCAUCUACCGAGACGCCAGCGGCCGAAUUAUCAAUGUGGCAAUGAAACGGGCGGAAGCGCGGCGCAAAGCCGAAGAAGAAGCCGCGAAAAAGCAAGCCGAACUGGAAGCGCAAAAGGGCGAUGUACAGCGUGUGCAACGCGAUCAGAAACGCCAGCAACUCCAAGAUGCAAAAUAUAUGACGGUGGCGCGGUACGCGGAUGAUGUGGAUCUCAACGCCGAGUUGAAAGACCGCGAACGCUGGAAUGAUCCCGCGGCGCAGUUUUUGUCGAGCAAGAAGAAGGGCAAGAGCGUCACGGGCAAACCGCUGUAUCAGGGUGCAGCGCCGCCGAAUCGGUACGGGAUUCGUCCCGGUCAUAGAUGGGAUGGUGUCGAUCGGAGUAAUGGCUUUGAAAAGGAGUAUUUUGCGGCGCAGAAUCGGAGGAAGAACAUUCGCGACUUGGAGUAUGCAUGGCAGAUGGAUGAAUGA